AUGCCGUCCCGCAACAAGAUCAGCGUGGCCAUACUGAUGAGCUUGGCCGUGAUGGGCCUGCUCCUUUGCCACCUCGCCACCACCGCCUCCGCCGCCAAGAAAGGCAUCCAUGUCCUCGGCAGCGUCGACGGCUCGAGCGACGACGGCGGCAGCCCCGAGUCCGGCGAAGGCCGCGUCGUCUAUGCGGAUAUGAAGCUGGCUGAUACAGAAUCCAGCUCGUCCGAUGCGCCGGCGCCGGCGCCCGCGCCGGGGCCGUCGUCCAGUUGA